UCUUAAACCAUCACACCUACCAUCAACAUCCCCCUCUCCACUCAUCCUCGAAUCAUCAUGGCCGCUCAGGAACCUUUUGGCAUACCCACAGGGGCUCAGAAGCUCAAAAAUGUCACGGAACUGGUCGAAGCCCUCACCGCAGAUCUCCAAGAAGAUCAGUUUCUUCCAGAUGACCGCGCCACAGCUCUAGAACAGCUUAAAUUAUACAGUCGAGACCCUAGGAAUGCCGAGCCUCUCUACUCGGAAGCAGGCUUCACUAUGCUCCUCCGCCAUGCCUAUGAUAAACCAUCUACCAAAGCAGCCCGGGCUGCAUUGAAGGUUAUAGCUAAUUUGAUGCUCCUUGUCCCUCCUACGCGACAUAUGUUUGUCGACAAGGGUUUUGCUCCCAAAGCCAUCAAAGAACUAGACACUGGGAAUUAUGAUGAUGAAUUUCUCAACUCUCGUAUCUUAUUCCUUACUACAUAUGAAACAAAGAUCGACCUGAAGGAGCUCCUUGAUAACGAGAAACUGGCCGAUCGCAUUAUCAACAACCUAGCAAAGCAUGCAAAGGAAAUGGAUACCAAGGCCAAGACUGACCCCAUGCAAGACAUGGCGCUCACCGAAACCGUAAAGCUCUUGUUCAACGUUACACACUGGUGUAAAGAGAAAGCCUCGUUAUUCAAUCCUGCAGUCCCUCAUUUAAUAGCUGUACUGUUCAAGGCUGAUGUUUCCCAAACGAAGCCGCUUGACCCUCCAGUCGGAUUCAUCAUCAACGGUUUCCUCAAUCUUGACCUAAGUACCCCAGAGAGCCAGGAGGCUCUUCACCCCAAGAGCGAUCCCGAGAGGGUAGUAUCUAGGGUGAUUGACAUCCUAGAUGUCGCCAUUCGAACCAUUCCCGACGAGCAGAAGGAUCCUUCGGUUGUGCCAGUCCUUGGUCUCGUAAGAUCGAUAUACGAGCAUGCGCCUGAAUCUAGCAAGGCCUUCAUUCGCGAAAAGCUCUUACCGACAGAGGAAGAGAGAAAGGAUGUUCUGGGCAAAGGACACAGCUUACCGGCCAAAUUACUCCAAAACAGCAACAACCCCAUGGCCCCGUCACUGCGCAACCUGAUCCAGCAUGUGCUCUUCGAGCUGUCUGAUAAGGAUGCCUCUAAAUUUGUCGAGAACGUUGGCUACGGCUUUGCAUCUGGCUUUCUUUUCCAAAACAACAUCCCUAUUCCAGCUUCCGUCGCAGAGGCUCACGGCGCCGAUGCGGCUAAGGCGCAGAAGCCAGUCAACCCCAUCACUGGCCAAUUUGUCGAUGCUGAGAAGCCAGUUGACGAGCCUGAGAUGACGGAGGAGGAGAAGGAACGAGAGGCUGAAAGGCUCUUUGUAUUGUUUGAACGAUUGAAAAAGACAGGCAUCAUUGACGUUCAGAACCCGGUGGAGGCCGCCGUGAGGGAGGGUCGUUACAGAGAACUCAAGGAUGAUGAGGUGGAAGAGAUUGAGUAGUAAAUUCCAGUCGCUUUCGCCUCUCAUUAUUAGCAUGUUGAAGUCUGGCGCGUUGGUCAUUCGGCUGUGAUCUCAUGUCAAGCGGAACCUUGCAGAUUGGCGGGAACAAAAGAAAGCGUAGAUACAUACAUUAGUGUAGUGGUCUUCAUUAACAAACGAUCAGUUGUAUUGUAA